AUGGCGAAGGCUGCCAAGGCUGCCACCAAGGCCCCCAAGCCGAAGACGGCCAAGAAGCCCGUGGCUAAGAAGGUCACGCCCAAGAAGGCUGCGGCUGCCCCCAAGGUGAAGAAGACGCCCACCAAGAAGGUGGCCACCCCGAAGGCCAAGGCCGCAGCGGCGCCUAAGGCCAAGACCCCCAAGAAGACCCCGACCAAGAAGACCCCUGCCAAGAAGGCCGCGCCGGCCAAGAAGAAGACCCCCGCCAAGAAGGCAACCCCCAAGUCGGCCGAGAAGAAGGCCUAA